AUGACUGUCGAAUCAACUAACUCAUUUGUUGUCCCGGCCGGUACUAAACAAAUUGAAAUUGCCCCCUUAGGAUCAACGAAAUUAUUCCAACCAAUUAAAGUUGGUAAAAAUAUUUUACCCCAUCGUGUUGCUCAUGCCCCAACCACCAGAUUCAGAGCUGCCAAAAAUCAUACUCCAAGUGAUUUACAAUUAGAAUAUUAUAAAACUCAUUCUCAAUAUCCAGGUACUUUGAUCAUCACUGAGGCAACUUUCACUUCUGAACAAGGUGGUAUGGAUUUACAUGUUCCUGGAAUUUAUAAUGAUGCUCAAACCAAAGCUUGGAAGAAAAUCAAUGAUGAAAUUCAUGCUAAUGGAAGUUUCAGUUCAAUGCAAUUAUGGUAUUUAGGUAGAGUUGCAAACCCCAAAGAUUUGAAAGAUGCUGGAUUACCCCUUAUUGGUCCAUCAGCAGUUUAUUGGGAUGAAGAAAGUGAGAAAUUGGCCAAAUCUGUUGGUAAUGAAUUGAGGGAAUUGACAGAAAAGGAAAUCGAUCAUAUUGUUGAAGUUGAAUAUCCGAAUGCUGCUAAACGUGCCAUUGAAGCAGGAUUUGAUUAUAUUGAAGUUCAUAGUGCCCCGGGUUAUUUCUUAGAUCAAUUUUUGAACCCAGCUUCCAAUAAGAGAACCGAUAAAUAUGGUGGUAGUAUUGAAAAUCGUGCACGUUUAUUAUUAAGAAUUAUUGAUAAAUUGAUUGGUAUAGUUGGUGCUGAAAAAUUGGCUGUUCGUUUAGCACCAUGGUCAUCAUUUUUAGGUAUGGAAAUUGAAGGUGAAGAAAUCCAUUCAUAUAUUUUACAACAAUUACAACAACGUGCUGAUAAUGGUCAACAAUUAGCUUAUGUUUCACUUAUUGAACCUCGUGUUAUUGGGAUUUUUGAUGCUUCGUUAGAAGAUCAAAAAGGUCGUAGUAAUGAAUUUGCUUAUAAAUAUUGGAAAGGAAAUUUUGUUCGUGCUGGUAAUUAUACUUAUGAUGCCCCAGAAUUUAAAACUUUACUUCAUGAUUUAGAUAAUGAUCGUACUAUUGUGGGGUUUGCAAGAUUUUUCACUUCCAAUCCUGAUUUAGUGGAAAAAUUGAAAUUGGGUAAACCAUUGAAUCAUUAUGAUCGUGAAGAAUUUUAUAAGUACUACAACUAUGGUUAUAAUUCUUAUGAUGAAUCUGAAAAACAAGUCAUUGGUAAACCAUUGGUCUAG